UCCGCGCAGGCGAGGACGUCGGGGAGCGUGGAGCAGGAGAGGCAUCAUGGCGGCCCCCGCCCAGCAGCCGCCUCCGUUGGCCGGCGGGAAGCGCAAAGGCAAGGCCCAGUUCCUGCCAGCCAAGCGGGCUCGGCGCUGCGACGCGGGCGGGCCGCGGCAGCUGGAGCCCGGUCUGCAGGGCAUCCUCAUCACCUGCAACAUGAACGAGCGCAAGUGCGUGGAGGAGGCCUAUAGUCUGCUCAACGAGUACGGCGACGACAUGUACGGGCCCGAAAAGUUUAUGGACAAGGACCAGCAGGCCUCUGGAAGUGAGGGAGAAGAUGAUGAUGUGGAGGCUGCCUUGAAGAAAGAAGUUGGUGACAUUAAGGCGUCUACGGAGAUGAGACUCAGAAGAUUCCAAUCAGUGGAGAGUGGAGCAAAUAAUGUAGUCUUCAUCAGGACACUUGGGAUAGAACCUGAGAAAUUGGUGCAUCAUAUUCUCCAGGAUAUGUACAAAACCAAGAAAAAGAAGACAAGAGUUAUUCUUCGGAUGUUACCCAUCUCAGGCACAUGCAAAGCUUUCUUAGAAGAUAUGAAAAAGUAUGCAGAAACAUUUCUGGAACCCUGGUUUAAAGCCCCAAACAAAGGAACAUUUCAGAUUGUGUACAAAUCUCGAAAUAACAGUCACAUGAACAGAGAAGAGGUUAUCAAAGAGUUGGCAGGAAUAGUGGGCAGCCUCAAUUCAGAAAAUAAAGUGGAUCUUACCAAUCCGGAGUACACAGUGGUAGUAGAAAUUAUCAAAGCUGUCUGUUGCCUGAGUGUUGUGAAAGAUUACAUGCUGUUCAGAAAAUACAACCUCCAGGAGGUAGUGAAGAGUGCAAAAGACCUGCCACAACCUCAUUCAAAGCUGGGAAAUGGGAAAGAAGCAAAAUUGGAACCUGAUGGUAAAUUAAAUCAGAAUGAUUCGACAGAAGAGAAAAAUAGCCAGCAGGUGGCACCAGAGAGCAGUGAAGAGCUGGGGCAGACAAAACCCGGGACUGAGACUCAAGUGGUCAGUGAGGGAGAAGCUCAACCUGAACUUGAAAGUCACGUCUCAAAAAGGUCCAAGUCAAAUGAAAAUGACCUCUAGUCACUUUAUGUUGGAGGUGGGUUUCUCAGCAGAGUUUUGGGACAUACUACUGGGGUUUCAUGUAAAAUUGUGACUUAAUAUAUGUUGACUUGUGUGCUGCUUAAUGCUGAUCUCACAAUACUGAACAGUGAUCUCUCAUCCCUCUUAACAGUUUUAUUGGAGCGUGUUUGGCCCCAUAUGACAGUGUGUACAGGCCCAUGUGCAGCUGAGCAGGGGAAGGUUGCAGGAGGUGGCAUUAGCCUCUACCUCCUGCUUACCUUCCCCAGUUUCCUUCUAAGCACUGCCAACUGACAUGGGAAUGCACAGUAUUUGAGAGAACCAGAAGAGGGAUUUCUUUGUCCUAAAGAAAUGAUGUGCUGUGCCUCAGCUACUCCCUGCCACUUCGUUGUAAACAUUACAGACAUGAGACUUUGCAGGUUAGAGGUGAACUGUUUGUACUUUUUGUUUUUCUUAAGUUUAUUUUAAUGUUUUGAGCGAAUUUGCAGUUUUUGAGGAGAAGGUGUGAGAUAAAGAGACCCAUUCUAGGCACAGACCUAUGACAUUUCUGAGGAGGUUAUGGAUGAAGAAUCUCAAUCUUCUGUGUUACUUCCAUAUGGUGGUACAGAAGGAAUGCGAAGGAAUCUCUUACAGUGAAAGAAAGCAACUUCAACAGGGUUUCAUUGCGACUCCUGUCUAAGCUGUCCUGUCACAUCAUGCUGAUGUGUAGCUUAUAGAUGUAGUGAUUGUGCCAGAAUUUGGCACAGUUAUUUGCCAGAAAUGCUGGCUACUUUAAAUAGCCUUUGGAAUAUCUUUUUUUUUUUUUUAAAUCACCUUCAGUGAGAAGGUUUAGGAAACAUGUUAUUUAGUAGCAGAUCUUAUCCUAGAAAAGAAUUGAUGAAAAUCGAACAUUAAAAUGCUGGGGUAAGUACAAGAAAUUGAAACAACUUUCAGUUUAAUAAGUUGAUUUAAGGAUGAUGCUAAAGAGGUUUAGUGUAAUUAAGUGAAAAACAGUAGCCUUUCUGCCUGGGUUGACAAAUCAGUAGCAUUAACAGUUUGUCAUGCAUUUGAAAGAUGUGUAAAAGAUGAUCUAAUUAAAAUAACUUCUGGGGCUGGUGAGAUGGCUUAGUGGUUAAAGAGGUCUUUUCAGAGGACCUGAGUUCAGUUCUCAGUACCCAUGUUGGGAGGCUCACAGCCUUUUGUAUGUAGUUCCAGCUCCACGAGAUCCAAUACCCUCUUCUCACCUCUGCAGGUACCUAUAUAAUCAUCACACACCACACACACACACACACACACACACACACACACACACACACACACACACACACACACAAUUUAAAACCAAGUCUUAAGUACAAUAAAGACAUUCAGGUGUUGCCAUGAAAACACUUGCUACUUUCUUCACAGAGAUGUUAGUAUAAAAUACUUGGAGAUGAAAUAAAGGAGGUUCUCAGUUGUGCUGCAGAAAUAGUUUUAUUGAAAGAAAGACCCCAAGCCAAAACCUGGAUCAAGAGUACAUAAGUCUGCUACAUAGAGAAGCCUAGUAGCUUAGUAGAGGAAGAGCUUUCAACAGGAUGUUUGAGUGGAACAUGAAUUGCCAAGAUCCUUAUAGGAAAGUAGUGGGGCAGGUCUUGGCGACAGCUUCAGGCGUGAAGAAUGGCUACAGAAAGUAGCCUGGUUAGCACUUACUCCAUCUCGUUUAAAAUGCUUAUGUUUCUGUAAAAGCCAGAGAAGGGUUUUUUUUUUUUUUUUUUCCACUCAAAAGUAACAAGAAUCUUAGGUUUUAGGAAGGAAAUUGACUCUGGAAGGUUAUUGUUGUCAAAGGAACUCUUGAAAGUUUCUGCAGCAACUCACACUUGAGAACGAAGCUAUAAAAGUCUCAAGUUUUAAGAAAACCCACUUGGAAAACAAAUUAAGUAGCAUUUUCUCCUCUUUCCACUUUGAAGGGUGAAAGAAUUCCAUUCUAGUCUAACGGUUCUGCAUUUUAUGAGAAGACUGUCCUUCAACCUGGGACUUAUGUUAUACCGUGACGGUUCCUAGCAGGAGUUUUCCUGAUUUUAAAAGUGCUUUCAAGAGUUCCUCACAAGUAAAGAGACUGAAGAAGGCUGGAAGUGACCAGUGAGCACUGCCACAUAUGCUGCCUGGACUGAGAACAUUACCAGGCUGUAACAUUAGUUUGGAAAUUGGGUUUGUUCUUAAAUCUACUUAGAACAGUUAGGAAGUAGUAUGCAUGUUAAGGUUCCUGGCACAAGUGGCUAUGUAAACAAGUAGUGACAUGAGAAUUUAUUUCUCCUCAUAGCUAGAGGCCUUCUUGCUAAGCCAGACUAAAAGGAUUUGGGGGUAGCAGACAGAACAGGUAGGACCUUGCUAAUGUAGAUGGGGCUCAACUUCCUUAGGUGUCUUCACAUGUUAACUUAGAUCUGAGAUCGAAGCUGUCUUGAAAGGCUGAAAAUGCUAGUAUCAUUUGGGGGAACAGGGAGAAUUGGAGCUUGGUGCCUUCAGACUUGCUUUAAGGUAACAGCACUUUCAUUUUACUGGUGGAAGACCAAGGGGCUCUGGGAAUAAAUUGGCAAUAUGCUCGUAGAAUACAAAGCUCUAGAACUAGCCAGUUCCUUUGUGUUGAGAAGCUGCUGAUGUACAGGAAGACUUUGAAUUCUAUUUUGUUUUUUAUUACCUUUGGUACGUAUUUGUAUUUAGUAAGACCUGAGUAUGACACAGGCUGCUCUGUCGUGUGUGCAGUACUGUGUGCUAUUGGGCUCUAAAUCCACUUACUGAGGGAUUUUCUUUCAGAUUUUUCAGCUUUGUUUUCACUGGUGUUUUGCAUAUUAUUUUAUAAAUGGUUCCAGGGUAGGAAAUGAGAGCUACUUUUUCUUAAACAAAAAAUAAGCAAGAAACAAUUCCAGUGUUGUGGGUUGGUGAGCUUGUUUUGCUUUAUAGGUCGAAGAGUUAAACUUGAUAUUUUAAAACAUGUUUCUCUAAGGCUAAACACAAUUUUCAAAUAUUUUUACUUCCAUUUUGUUCUCAGUACAGCCAAAUGUUCAGGUUGUUUUAAAAGUUCCUAAUAUUUUAAAAAAUCAAAAUAAAUGUUGUUGUCCUGUA